UUCGAUCCACUCUUCCUGGAAUCAUUAUUUAGAGUUUUCAGAAACUUAAGAGAAAAAGUGUGUGUUUUCCAGAUGCAGUCUCUUAAAGCCAUUUUACUAGCAGAUUAUGUAAAACUGUUAAAGGAUAGUAGAUCUCUCAAGAGCUCAGGGGGUUUGUUGCAAGGCUGCUAUCCAAACUAAAGCUCUCUGCAAGCCAUAAACGGUUCUCUUAAAGUCACGCAAUAGCUGCUGCUGUACAUUGGCAUGUCUCUCUGUGUCUUUUUUUUGUUUUUCUUUUCUUCUUCCUUUCUUUCUGCAAUUCAUUUUGCUUUCUUUAUAAGAUCUGUUCUUUUCUGCUGGUCUGUCACUGCGUUUCUGCUGCCCCUCCCUCUAGCUGGGUUUGUCAAGUCGCCCAUGUCAGAAACUAAACUCACGGGGGAUGCCUUUGAGCUGUACUGUGACGUGGUUGGGAACCCCACUCCAGAGAUCCAGUGGUGGUAUGCUGAAGUCAACCGAGCUGAAUCUUUCAAACAGCUAUGGGAUGGUGCUCGGAAGCGCCGGGUCACCAUUAACACUGCCUACGGGGUGAACGGCGUGAGCGUGCUGAGAAUUAUCCGCCUUACCUUGGAAGACUCUGGGACUUACGAGUGCAGGGCAAGCAACGAUCCCAGAAGGAAUGACUUGAGGCAAAAUCCUGCCAUAACGUGGAUACGAGCCCAGGCUACCAUAAGCGUCCUUCAGAAGCCCAGGAUCAACGCCAGUAAUGAGGUGACCAUAGUUUCUCCUUCCCCUCCCAUCACCCUGCAGUGCAACCUCACAACCAGCCCCAGCCCCCUCAGUUACAGCUACUGGGUGAAAAACGGUGAGGAGAUCCCAGGGACUAAGAAGCCCAUAGACACCAGCACCGAGUACAAAAUCCCAAAGCCCAGACCAGAUGAUUCAGGGGAAUAUUUGUGUGUGUUUGUAUUCAAUGGCUCUCCUGUAGCAAACGCCACUAUAGAAGUGAAAGCUGCUCCUGAUAUUACUGGACACAAGCGAAGCGAGAACAAGAAUGAAGGGCAGGAAGCGCUGAUGUAUUGCAAGUCUGUUGGCUACCCACACCCUGAUUGGAUGUGGUUUAAGAAGGUCAAUGGGUUUUCUGUGGGGAUUGACAACUCUUCUGGCCGCUUCUUCAUUAACGUUAAAGAGAACUACACCGAGCUCAGCAUCGUGAACCUGCAGAUCAGCGAGGAUCCGGGGGAGUACGAGUGCAAUGCCACCAACUCGAUUGGCUCCAUGGCUGAGGUCACCAUCCUGCGUGUCCGUAGUCAUCUGGCUCCUCUGUGGCCCUUUUUGGGAAUUCUGGCAGAAAUCAUAAUUCUCGUUGUCAUCAUUGUGAUCUAUGAGAAGAGGAAGCGGCCCGACGAGGUCCCCGACGACGAUGAACCAGCUGGUCCAAUGAAAACAAACUCCACAAACAACCACAAAGACAAAAAUCUACGCCAGAGAAACACCAAUUAAAGUAAAGCUUAUAGCUUUGAGUUUGAGAGACUGAUGGAAAUAUCACCUGCUAAACCGAAUAAUUGGAAGGGUUGCUUUUCACACUUCAGUCCUAUCUCUGAUGUAUUUUCUUUCAAGUGAGCAACAACGACCGUCUAAAGCAUGCCUUAUAUAGCCUCUCCUGUAAGGAUGACCUAGCCGAUACAUUUACUAAUGCUUCAGUACAGAGGGUGUAAACUAUUUCGGGCUUGAUGUGCUGUGAAUGUUGCUUUUUUUCUUUUGAGACUCUUAAGUAUUACAAGUAAAAAUUCCAGUCAUGCAUGCAGCAUUUUCUACUUCCUUAAUGUAGGUGUUAAAAUUAGCAAAGCUCCAAGACACACUGCAGCCAUCUAGUGAUAACUUUUGUAAAGUACAGCAAAACCUAAAAUAUAUACAGUAUAUAUUUAUAUUUUUGGGGAGGGGAAACCAAAUUACACUAUAUGUUUGAUUUUUAAGCUGCUAAAUUCAUUCCUUGUAUUGUACGUCUGAAAGCUGAGAGAAUUAUGUCUCAUACGUAAGAGGAGUAAUAUAAAUUGAAAUUUAUCCUAAGGGCUUAAUCUAUAUAGAAGGACUUAGAUAACCUAUAAUCAAAGAUCUCAAGAACUGGGAUAGUCCAACAGAUGAGGAUGGAAGACACUUUAGUUUAUAAAUAUUCUUAUGAUUGCUUUAAGUGAUUUUUUUGUUAAAUCAUGUUAAUUUCUCAUUGUUUUGCACUGAUGUGUUCCCAGGCUGAAUUUUAUAAUUUCCCUUUUUGUUUUAAUGAUGUUGAAAUGUUUUGGCAUGGUGAUACUCUAUGCAAUUAGUUUGUUUCGGCAUUUUUCACGUUGAUUUAAAGACUUUAGAAUCACAGACAUAACAGGGUUCUUAGAACACGGCAUACUUGUAGCUGCAUGAAUUUGUGGUGUGUGUACUCGUUGAAGUGCAAUGAUGUGUAUAAAAGUGGAAUCGCCUGUUUUUAAAAAUAAAACACUGAAAGAAA